AGAAGACUGCCGAUCGCUGCCUACCAUGGCGUCCGUGGGAGACUGGAUCUUCCUCACCAUCUGCCUCGCCAUCGCCGGCGGCAUCUUCUGGCUCGCCAAGGGGCAGGCGGUGCAGAAGUCGCUCGAUGCGCAGGCACAGGGCCUCAAGGCGCGCGGCAUCAGCCUCAGUGCCGACGGCAUCUCAGUGAAGACGAACCAGCGCGUCAUGACACAUGACGAGUAUGUGGAGAAGUCACAGGCGUCGCUGGCACGGGGGCAGGAUGCGAUCAAGAAGCACAGUCACGCCUUCUCACACGGUCCGGCGAAGGGAUGACGAGGUACAGCGGUGGGCAUGCGGGCGUGCGCCACGAGACAUUUCUAUCGUUUGCCAGCCACACGCAUGCGUCUGCUCAGAAGGCUGGCGUUCCGGCGCGGGCCAGCGAGGCGGUGAGAUAGGCAGCGUAGCUCCAGGUGAGGUCGCGUGCGCCGCGCGAGUAGCCUGUGCUGGCGUCGAACUCCUCGGAGAGCGAGGCGUUGGUAAAGCUGUGCGA